UUCAGCAGAUCAGGCUGUUGACAUGGUCUGGUGCUGGAGAGUUUUAAGAUCAUGGACUACAGUCUGCUGUUGGGGGUGCACGUUCUGGACCAGAGUCACAGAGAAGGAGACGUCAACAUUGUGGAUGGGAAGAGGACCGUGGGACAGAAAGUUCUUUACUCCACUGCCAUGGAGUCUAUUCAGGGAGACGGAAAGGCAGCAGAGGCUUUGACCACAGACGACACAAUGGGAGGCAUUCCUGCAAAAACACACAGGGAUGAGAAACUACUAAUUUUUCUAGGCAUUAUUGACAUCUUGCAGUCUUACAGAUUCAUUAAGAAGCUGGAGCACUCCUGGAAGGCACUCGUCUAUGAUGGUGAUACGGUGUCUGUGCACAGACCGAGUUUCUAUGCAAACAGAUUUCUCAAGUUCAUGAGCUCCAGAGUAUUCAGAAAGAUUCAGCCAAAUCGUUUCUCCCCGAGCAAGAGGGCGCGGAACUCCAUUUCAGCGCUCAAAUGCUCUUCUCAAGAAGUGCUGUCCUCACAGAAGGAGGAGAAGGCCGAGGAGAGGACGGACAGACUUGGAGGAGCCCAAAGUCUUGCCAGUCUGGAUGGACAAGUGUUCUGGUCCUAUAACCGUCCUGACCUGGUCCCUCAGACUCCUUACCCAUAUGAAGCCUCUUCCUUGAGCCACACCCUCUCCCCGCCCUCUAUUUACGUCACAGAUCGGUACCGGGAGGCCAAAUCAAACGAAAGAUGUGCCUGCUCAACUUUUACAUUGGAGGACAGCGCCAUCUGUGUGACAUCGGAGCAAAGCACCAUGGACAUAGACAGAGAUGACGACUCGGUGCUGGAUGUCUACUUUUAAGGAGCAAAACGAGAUGAUCUUUCAUCUCUACUUUCCCCAUCACCUGCCACACAGUAGUCCUCUGGAUCCUCAUGUGCCGAGAACGCCACCUGCUGCCAAAAAAGAAAACAUCCGCCAAUACAACAUCUACAAACAUACUGGAACUGUAUCUGUACAUUAGAAUCACAGUGCUAAAUAUUUCCCUGGACUGGUCGGAGGGAAUAUGGCUACAAGAUUUCAGAUUCAUGGACAUCCAUAACCAAAUGCUGAUUGUGCUUUUGUAGCCCUUACAUUACAGGCAGCUCUGGCAUCAGACCGAUGUCACGUCACGUCAUUCAUUGUUUUGGAAACAUGCAAUAAUUACGCUCCUUUAAUAUGCAAAGAUGGUUUCUAACAGCUAUCUUCUUUACCUCCUAAGGGAUCUAGUGUUUAGUGACCUAGAAUGCAGUGCUUGGCGAUUCAAACUCUAGGUAACAGAGCUGUUCAGAUAUUUGUAAAUGUGCAAUCUUCAUACAUUAUACAAGUGUGUGUUAUCGUAGUUCUCCUCACUGGAGUAAUAAUCCUGAUGUUUUAUUUCCAAACAAACACAGUUUCUAGGAAACAACAGAUGUGUGACUUUAGUUCUCAGACAUCUCUUAUGAUCACAAAUGUGUCAUGUACUGUAAAUGUAGGAGUGUCUUUCACAGUGUAACUUCAGUCAUGCUCAGAUUUAUGCUGGUACAUCAGCUCCUGAUAAUCAAGAGUGGAAUUCCCAUCAGCAGUGUGCAUUAUUUACAUAUAUACAGAUGCCAGAAUAUUUUUAUGUGCUAAAAUGCAGAUGAGAAGUCAGUCUUUCAUGUGGGGAUGGGUGAGUUUAUACAUUCUCUCAGGAGUUCCUUUUCCUAGAAGCGUCCAAAUGAUUGCUUUAUGUUAGAUGCUAGUGCGCUUCUGAUUUUUAAAUGCCAUGUCAGAACUGUCUUUUGAAUAUUAUUAUUGCACCUUUGUUUGUUUUGAG